CUCUCUCUCUCUCGUCCUCCCGACAACAGAAACAUAAUCACUGAUUCUGUUUCAACACCUAGCAGAGAUUCUCUAGAUUUCUCUUUCAGACCGUGAAUUCUUUAGCGCGUUUAUUGUGUUGUUUUUCACGUAUUGUCCCAGAAUCGGAGCUUCCCAUACUCGUGUAAAGUUGCGGCCUUUUUUGCAUUUUUGAGGAACAAUUACGGGGCUUGAACUGAGAUUACGAAACCCUAAGAGCUGCGAUGGCGAAGACAAGACCUGGGGUUAGUAGUAGUAGUAGCUCCAAGAGCAAACCGGGGAGGAAAGAGCUGGAUUCUUACACCAUUAGAGGCACCAACAAAGUCGUACGAGCUGGGGAUUGCGUUUUGAUGCGCCCAUCAGACGCCGGAAAGCCUCCUUACGUGGCCGGAGUGAAGAAGAUUGAGGCAGAUGCUAGGAACAACGUUAAGGUUCAUGUAAGAUGGUACUAUCGGCCGGAGGAAUCUCUAGGAGGUCGUAGACAGUUCCAUGGAGCAAAAGAACUUUUCUUGUCCGAUCACUAUGAUGUUCAGAGUGCUCAUACGAUCGAAGGCAAAUGCAUUGUUCACAAUUUCAAGAGCUAUACAAAGCUUGAAAAUGUCGGUGCUGAGGAUUACUAUUGCAGGUUUGAGUACAAGGCUGCAACUGGAGCGUUCACACCAGACCGAGUUGCUGUGUACUGUAAAUGCGAGAUGCCGUACAAUCCAGAUGACCUCAUGGUGCAGUGCGAUGACUGCAAGGACUGGUAUCAUCCAGCUUGUGUUGCAAUGACCAUAGAGGAAGCCAAGAAAUUGGAUCACUUUAUGUGUUCUGAAUGUGAUGCUGCUGUGGACGAGAAUGGCAAGAGAUCCCCGAAUGGAUUUGCCUCAUCACCAUCGGAUGAUAUCAGGGUGGAGCCAAAACGCAGAAAAAGAUGAAAAAAACAGGUAAUGUGAGCCAGAUCCUUCUUCAUCUGUAGGAUUUUGAUUCUUUGAAAAAAAAAGAAUCUCGAUGGACCCGAGGAAGAAUAGAAAAGGAAUGAAAAAGGAAGAACGGGAAACGGUUGCGGGUCUGUACAGAGGUCCCCGUCGUUGAGAACUGAGUUAUGAAAAUCGGAUUUUGAAGGUUCCUCGAAUGGAAAACUCCUUUCUUCAUAUUCUGCUUCUAAUGGAACUUGUGGAUGUUUUCUUAUCUUCUUGUUUGUAUACAUUUGUAUUCUGAUGAUGUUCUGAAAUUGGUUAAAGUGUUGUGUAAUAACUUGAAGAAAUGUCCAGAAACGUGAAAUUGGUGAAGUGCCUUGUUCAGCAA